AGCUCCUUACAGAGAAUAGGGUCCACUCAGAGAGUGCAUGAGUUAUAUAUGUCAGUGUGGAUUUUACUGGCUAUAUCCUCACAUAUCGGUGCCUAUGGAGAGAAGAUCAGUAUGUGCCUGUCAUUGUCACAGACACUUAUUUGGAUUUCAUGUAGAAGAACAGAGUAAAACAGAAUUCGUCUUGUCUCAGUGGACUGACCGGCCUAUACUGUUCGCCCUGUAUAGAAGCCUCGUGAGCCUCUACACUAUCGGCGUGGUGGUGUACUCGGCCAUCAACAAUGAAUACGGGGUGAAGAUCUUCAUCUGGCUGACGUACUGGUCAUACUACAUCCUGGCAACUGGCUUCCUCAUCCGAGCUCUCACCGUGUGGCUUCAUGUCUAUGGACAGAAGGAUAAAGAUCGUCUGCGUCUGCCGGACCGACUAUUACAAUUACAGUGGGUAUUACAGACGCUGACGUGUGCAGCAGCCCCAAUAGUGUCUGUGCUCUUCUGGACGGUGGAGUAUCAAGGUGGAGGCGUGGACUUCAAGAGCGCCAACACCCAUGCCAUCAACCUCACCCUUGUUGUCGUCGACUUGUUUAUAUCUCGCUAUCCAAUCAGAAUUCACCAUUUCUACGUUAGUAUGUGCCUAUUCACGACCUACUCUGCGUUCACCGCCAUCUACUGGUCGACAGGGGGAACUAACCACCUGGGUCGCCCCUAUGUGUAUUCUGUCCUUAACUACUCGGAGGACCCUGGCUUUGCUAUGAUAUUCGUGUUCUCGGUGACGCUAGCAGCGGCCCCCUUCGUCCACUGCCUCAUGUACGGGCUGUACAGGCUCCGCGUGGCCUUGUGGAACAGAUGUUGCGGCGCAGGAGAGGCUAUCCCGGAGACGUUGAUAGCCCUUACAACCCAGUCGUCCGCCACCGAUGUCUGAAUAUUUAUGUGUCUUCAUUUGACUCUUGAUCAAAAGUUGUUUGAUCAAAAAAUGUUUCAUAAGGGGGUUACAACAUUCGUGGAAUUAGUAAAGCUUUCAAAAAAUACGGGAUAACCUCACCUUUUUGCGAACACCUGAUAUCAUCACUAUUUGACUGUGAUUCAUAAAAAACGAGCCUAUGAUAGAUAUACAUAGUCGGAAUCGCACAAUGGACUAGACUCUAACAAUAUAGGAUGUAUUAAAUACCUUGAUACUCAUUUCAAACCCGUGUUCCGGUUAAGUGACGUUUGUAAUAUCAAAGUUGACGUCAUAGGGAAAAAACAUUGAAACUGACGUGUUCCAAAUCAUGAUUCACAGCAAAUGCAUCGAAAGGGCUGGUCUUUAAUGAUUUCGGGGGCACGGGUGGCCCAGUCGUCCAAGGCGCCGUGAUUUGCUGUGCAGAGUUGCGUCCCUUUUGGCACGCUAGAAACCUAUGAUUGUGGGUUCGAAUCCCGGUUCGCCCA